AUCUCGGGGGAGGUGCGAGAGAAGGAAGAGCCACAGGGCGGUGGAAGUCCUUCGCGAAGUCACAGGCCGCAAACUCGGGAGGGGGCGGGACUUCCCUCGAAGAGGCCCCGCCCAUUGCGGAACAGGAAGAAACGGCGGUGACAGCACACGGCGCGAUCCGGGAUGGCGGAGCUGCCGCCCGAGUCGCCGGCCGAGGCCGAGGUGGAGCGGCGCGUGCGGGCGUGGGCCGAGGCGCAGCGGGCGCGGGGGAAGCGCGUGGCGCUGGUGACGUCGGGCGGGACGCAGGUGCCGCUGGAGGCGCGCGCCGUCCGCUUCCUGGAGAACUUCAGCAGCGGGCGCCGCGGGGCGGCUUCGGCCGAGCGGCUGGUGGAGGCCGGCUACGGCGUCUGCUUCGCUCACCGCGCGCGGUCCGCCUUCCCCUGGGCUCGCGCCUUGCCUCCCCACGGUCCCCAGCUCCUGGACGCGCUGCGCGUGCACGCCGGCCCCGCUCCCUCUGUGACCGCCGACGUGCAGGCGAUCCCGGGGCUCGUGCGCGCGCUCCAGGCCUACCGGCGCGCCAAGGACGAGGACGCGCUCCUGGCCAUUGAGUUCACCAGCCUGGUCGAGUAUCUGACGCUGCUGCGGGCCGCAGCCCGGGCCCUCGCGCCCCUGGGUUCCAGUGCCAUGUUCUACUUGGCGGCUGCCGUGUCAGACUUCUACAUCCCUGCUUCAGAGAUGCCAGAACACAAGAUCCAGUCUGUAGAUGGACCUCUCCAGAUCACGAUGAAGAUCGUACCAAAAAUGCUUUCCCCUCUGGUUAAGGAGUGGGCUCCUGAAGCUUUUGUGAUUUCCUUCAAACUGGAAACCAACCCUUCCAUUUUGAUUGACAAAUCUCGGCAGGCUUUAGAAAAGUACCGCCACCAGGUGGUGAUAGCAAACAUGCUUGACUCCCACAGAACCUCAGUUCUUGUGGUAACCAGGGAUUCAGAGAUGCGGCUGUCGCUGUCUGAAGAGGAACUGAGUGGAGGCAUGGAAAUCGAGGAGAAAAUUGUAAGCCAUCUUAAGUCUCGGCAUACAGCUUUCAUGGAGAAAUAGCCCUUGAUCAGGAAAAGGUGAUUUGAGUCCUCAAAUUGGAAUAGACUUCAAUGACGGUUAAAUGGUGGUGGAACUGGAAGAUUGCUACUGGUAAACAGAGGAAAGGUGAAAACCUGAAAUGUCUUUCUUUGCACACCUUCAUAAGCUUGCUGCUCAUCUGAGAAAAAUAUAUGUGUAUAUAAAUAGGAACAUUCCAAAUCCA